CCCAUGACUCAUAGCGCGCCUCUUAGUCUUCCUUUUACGCGAAGAGAGCAGCGAAAACAGCCAAGAAAACAUGGCCUUCACUGGUGCUUUGACGCGAUCUUUGCGCACAUGCCAACAGCACUAUCCAUAUGCACAGGGUUAUGCUGCAGUAAGACUCAGUUCUUGGUGGUCCCAUGUGGAAGCUGGCCCUCCUGACGCUAUUCUUGGAGUGACAGAGGCAUUUAAACGGGAUACCAACCCAAAGAAAAUGAACCUUGGCGUGGGAGCAUAUCGAGAUGAUACAGGAAAACCUUAUGUUCUCCCAUCUGUUAAAAAGGCAGAGGAAAUCCUUGUGUCUAAGAAUCUUGACAAAGAGUAUGCUCCAAUUUCUGGACUAAAUGACUUUGUGAAUUGCGCUGCUAAACUUGCAUUUGGUGAAAAGAGUGAUGUCAUCACAAACAACCUGAAUGCAUCUGCUCAGGCGAUCUCCGGAACUGGAGCACUGUCUGUGGGAUCAGUUUAUUUGAAAAAGUUUUUCCCUGGCAUCCAAGAUGUUUGGCUUCCUACACCAUCUUGGGGGAACCAUGGACCAAUAUUGAGGUUUGCUGGGCUUGGUGUGAAACAGUACCGCUAUUUUGACCCUUCAACUUGUGGCUUUGAUUUUAAUGGCUGUCUUGAAGACAUCUCAAAAAUCCCAGAGAAGUCAAUUAUCAUGUUCCAUGCAUGUGCUCAUAACCCUACUGGAGUGGACCCUAAGCGUGAGCAAUGGAAGGAGUUAUCUGCAGUGGUUAAGACACGGAACCUUUUCCCAUUCUUCGACAUGGCCUACCAAGGUUUUGCUACUGGUGAUACAGACCGUGACGCACAGGCCGUCAGAAUGUUUAUUGAGGAUGGACAUAAGAUUGUCCUUGCACAGUCUUUUGCCAAAAACAUGGGUCUUUAUGGUGAAAGAGCAGGCAUGGUAUCUGUGGUUGGGGAGUCUAAAGAAGAAGCAGACAGAAUUCUUUCCCAAAUAAAGAUCCUUAUCCGACCCAUGUACUCUAGCCCUCCCAUCCAUGGGGCAAGGAUAGCGGGGCUGGUCCUGAGUGACCCUGCCCUGAGAGCCCAGUGGGAGACGGAGGUAAAGGGUAUGGCUGACAGAAUCAUCUCCAUGAGGCAGCAGCUCAGGGAUAACUUAAAAAAGCAAGGGUCGUCACAUGACUGGUCUCACAUCACCGACCAGAUUGGCAUGUUUUGCUUUACUGGAAUGAAACCAGACCAGGUCGAGCGGCUUAUCAAGGAGUUCUCCAUCUACCUAACCAAGGACGGUCGUAUCUCCGUGGCUGGCGUGACAUCCGGGAGUGUUGAGUACCUGGCGAGUGCGAUGCACGAGGUCACGAAAUAAACCUUGCGUGACAUGGCACAUGUUAGGAUCAUAGCAUAUUUUUACUAAUAUAAAAAGAUAUAUUAAAAGAAUCUUGCGGCUUUAACUAGCUUAGCUGCCGAGACUGGUACGUAAACACAUUACGGAAAUGGCGCAAAAAAAGGAAAACAAGUUUCUUCCCCGCAAUUUUAUCUUGAUCUAUCUAGGAUAGGGCUUUCCCUGGAAAACGAAAUUUCCUUGUAAUAAAUUAAACAAAAAGUGUACUUUUCAUUUUCUUUUGAAGAAAAUUUAAUAAAAGACUGAUAACAA